AUGCUUGAUUGUGAUUGUGAACGAAAAAAAGAUCGAAAUUGGUAUGUUGAUACCACUCGUAAUGCAACAACUGAUGAAAUUAGUGGUAAGUUUAGUCUAUUUAUUAAUCGCGCCAAACUGCCACUUUGUUCUUUAGUCAAUCGAGAAUCUUCAAGAUUUUAUAAUUUUUUUUAUUCACCAUCAAAUGAUAGUUGUGUUCUUCGUCCAUCAUAUAAAAUGUAUUCACUUAAUAUAUGGGAUUUUUAUUUAAGUGAAACAUUAGAAACAGGUUGUCCAUAUGAUCUUGAUAUAGCAUUAGCUGAACAUGAUAAACAUUUAAAUGAUGCUGAAUUACGACAACGUAGUAAAAGUAUAUCAACUGUUUAUGAUGAUAUUAGUCUUUGUUUACCAGAUCCUUUUAAUGAAAUUCGUCUAUCAAUGCAAGAUGAAACAUACAAACGAAGGAAUUCUCAACAAAAUUAUUUUCAACCACAAGGAUCAUUUUCAUUAUCACGUAUAUCAUCGAUUUAUGGUUCACAUACAUAUGAACUAACACAAAUUUCUCCACAACAAUAUGUGAUGCUUGUGAUGAAUUAA